GCCCAAUAACACACGUAUGCAUUGAGAGGCAGGACAAGAAGGGAAACUUGAUAGACUCGAAAUAGAAUGUAAUGCCCUCAGAUCAGCUCUCAAGUUCUCAUGGCCAACGCUUACUCCCCCAGAAUCGUCGAAACGAAUCAGAGGAGAGCGGUAGGUUGGCCUGCAAAUUUGGCUUUUUGGACACAUUGGUCAUCACUGGGCUAAGAAAGACAUCCAACCUUACACUUCCCAACGGAUAUCGGUAUUCGCAGGGGUUAUCUCGUUAGAGUAAUCAAGGCCUUGGUAUCAAGCUACUUCGAUUGAAAACUAUGUCCACUCUCAGCGAUGCGUUGCGCCAAUUUGCUGCUUGUCCCGUUUGCUAAGAAUCCGUGCCCAACGUUCAUUAAGCACAAAAAGUAUAGACAACGAGAGUUACAGCUUCAUGACAAGCAUCUCAAGUAGGAGCUGAUUGUCGGCAUUGCAGCUCGAGACCCCUCCUUGAUCCCCUAGCUCGAAACCUCUGCUAAUAUCGAUGCCGAUGGUUGUGGUAGAAGGAUAUCGAACCUGCUAAGAUCUCUGUUCAUAUAUCUCACUCAUAUUCAACCCAUCUAGAUCUCUAGAUUGUUGAAUAAUGGAAGCUCGAUGAGGUUUAUCGUCACGG